CAAAUCCAAAAUCUUUCUCUGUUCGAUUCUUAUUUUUGUUGUUUUCUUAUAGUUUGAAACUCUGUUUUUCAAAAUUUUUCAAGAUAAACAGAGUUGUAGAUAUACAUAUUUACAUAGAAAGAUUCAUCUCAGAAGUCUCCGAUUAGGAGUAGUUAUACCUGUUUACUCUAAAUUCCGAUUCCUGUCGUGGUAUGAAUACGAGUGGUUCCAUCGGAAUCUGCACCAUGAAGCCCUGUUGUAGAAUGCUAAUUAGCUGCACAAGUUUUGCGUUCUUCGGAACACCACCACCGAGUUGUCAUUACCAUUAUAUUGAUAAUUUGCCGGUUUUCCGAUCAAAAUCGGUCAAAUACCGCCAAUUCCAUCUAAGUUCUCCUCGAUUUUUCGGGCUUAGGCGGUUAACUGGUCCUAAUCAGAGACCUUACCGUCGCCUCGAUUCCGAUUGGGGCCAAUCCAGGGUUUUUUCCGGUUGUUCUAGCCCCGGUAGAGGUAGGACCACUUCUGUAAUUUCGAAUGUUGCCUCUGAUGUUCGUCACCAUUCCACCUCCGUUGAGGCUCAUGUUGAUGAGAAGAGCUUCGAGAGGAUUUAUAUUCAGGGUGGCAUGAAUGUGAAGCCCCUUGUGGUAGAAAGGAUCGAGACAGGUGUGAAUGCUGAGAAAGAUGAAGAACAGAGGGUAGAAGAUAGUCGUUUGAAUGUAGAUAUAAGUAAUUCAGAGGGUCUGGAUGAGGCUUCUGUCUCAACCCAAGGGAGAGAGGUGUCAGAGAUUGAAAAGGAGGCGUGGACUUUGCUACGUAGCGCAGUUGUGAGUUACUGUGGGAGCCCUGUGGGGACUGUUGCGGCCAACAACCCUGCUGAUAAGCAUCCUCUCAAUUAUGAUCAGGUUUUCAUUCGUGAUUUUGUCCCAUCAGCUCUUGCAUUCUUGCUUAAAGGGGAAGGGGAGAUUGUGAGGAACUUUCUCCUGCAUACUCUGCAAUUGCAGAGCUGGGAGAAAACAGUGGACUGCUACAGCCCAGGUCAAGGAUUGAUGCCAGCAAGUUUUAAAGUGAGAACUGCAUCCCUUGAUGGCAGUAAUGGAGCAUUUGAGGAAGUCUUAGAUCCAGAUUUUGGAGACUCAGCAAUUGGGCGUGUCGCCCCGGUUGAUUCUGGUUUGUGGUGGAUCAUCUUGUUGAGAGCUUAUGGAAAGAUAACUGGCGAUUAUGCAUUGCAAGAAAGGGUGGAUGUCCAGACAGGCAUAAAACUGAUAAUAAAUUUGUGUUUAACUGAUGGGUUUGACAUGUUCCCUUCACUGUUAGUCACUGAUGGCUCCUGCAUGAUUGACCGUCGGAUGGGGACUCAUGGUCACCCCCUUGAGAUCCAAGCCUUGUUCUAUUCAGCCCUGAGAUGCUCCCGUAAGAUGCUCACUCUCAAUGAUGGAUCAAAGAAUUUGGUGAAGGCCAUCAAUAACAGACUCAGUGCUUUAUCAUUCCACAUUAGGGAGUAUUAUUGGCUUGAUAUGAAUAAGAUCAAUGAAAUAUAUCGCUACAAGACAGAGGAAUAUUCAACAGAUGCCAUUAACAAGUUCAAUAUCUAUCCUGAGCAAAUUCCCACUUGGUUAGUUGAUUGGAUUCCAGAGAAAGGUGGUUAUCUCAUUGGCAAUCUACAGCCGGCUCACAUGGAUUUUAGGUUCUUCACUCUAGGCAAUCUUUUGGCUAUUGUUUCAUCUUUAAGUACUCCGAAACAGAAUGAGGAUAUUUUAAAUUUGAUUGAAGCCAAGUGGGAUGAACUUGUGGGGCAUAUGCCUCUUAAAAUAUGCUACCCUGCUCUGGAAUAUGAGGAGUGGCGUAUUAUCACGGGCAGUGACCCAAAGAAUACACCUUGGUCAUAUCACAACAGUGGAUCUUGGCCAACUCUUCUUUGGCAGUUCACCCUGGCUUGUAUUAAGAUGGGGCAUCGAGAACUGGCCAGAAAGGCGGUUAAUUUGGCAGAGCAGAGGCUCCGAGAGGACCAGUGGCCUGAAUAUUAUGACACCAAAAAUGGAAGGUUUAUAGGAAAGCAAUCAAGGCUUUUCCAGACAUGGACAAUCGCAGGGUUCCUGACAUCAAAAAUGCUAUUAGAGAGACCAGAAAUGGCAUCCUUGCUGUUCCUGGAAGAGGACUAUGAGCUCCUUGAGAAUUGUGUCUGUGCAUUAAGCAAAACUGGUCGCAUAAAGUGUUCCCGUGAUGCUGCAAGAUCACAGAUCCUUGUGUAAAUGGAACGUCGAUCGAUCGUUUUCGAGCCUCGCUCCUAUAUUGUAUAGGGGAAAAUAUAAGAGAACAAAUAAUAAGAGGGAAUAACACAUUUUCAUACUGAAGGUGCUACUAAAAAAAGCUCUUCUGAGUUUAGGUGAGAAUUAAUCUAUCUGCCUUUACAGCCCAUCUUUGUUGUACAAAUAUAUUAUUGAUUAGUUAUAUUACAGGCUGACCUUCAAAUGGGAAAUAUAUGUUUGUGAAGAGUAGAACCCAGGUUGCAGUACUUGUGGCCGGGUCCUCGUCGGUAACAAUUUUUCUUGAAUAUUGUUAUAGUAAUAAUUCAGCAACGUAUGUACCAUUUUGAUGCUGAAAUAUUCAUGAAUUUGUUUGAUAUUUACUGGAAAUAAUACUUGAAUUAUGCAGGUAUUCUUCUUC